UGCUCACCAGUUUAAGAAUCUGUGCAAAUAUUUUGAAGAUCUGGAGAAUAUUUUUGAAGGCAGCGGAAGUCAGGAGGAGAAGGAGCGGAGAUAUGAAAAUGCUUUUAAAGUUGGGAUUAAGAUGCAUUCUAUGACAUUGUGGUGCACACGGCAAACGCAAGUAGCAGGUGGCGUGGCGUUCAGCGGGCAAGUCAUCAUCAAUGUCAGCGUACUUGUUCUACUCAUGAUCCAGAUGAUGUUUACAGAGCGGACGCUGUUCGCAGUGAUGCCGAUCGUAUUCAUGGCGUUGUCGGUCCUGGUCGGCACUGGCGUCUUCUUGUGGAACGCUGGAGAUGUCACCAUUGAGGCGUCUCGCCUGCCAGCAGCCAUGUUCCAUUCGGGCUGGCACAACUGCACGAAACAGUCAUCGGUGCGCGUGCGCAAACUAGUCACCAUCGCCAUUGCGCAAGCACAGAAUACCGACCGAACUCUAACCCACCUGCUGGCUACAGCGGCUACAUUUGUCAGCAUGAUGUUCAGCACUGGAGUCAUCAUGUGGAAUGCUGGAGACAUUACGGUUGAGGCAGGAAAUUUACCGACGGCGAUAUUUCUGUCAGGAUGGCAGAAUUGCACGAAUAUGUCUUCAUACCGAAUUCGAAGACUGGUGUUGAUUGCUAUAGCCCAAAGUCAGAAACCCGUCAUCAUCAAGUGCUGUGGAUUCAUGGACUCUCUUAUCAAUCGUAUUUAUCGAUUGUGAAAACUUCGUACUCUAUAUUCUCCGUUUUAUAUUAGUAAAUUAAACUAAAUUGGCUCAGAUGUAAUAGGCGUAAUAGCACCUCUGGUCUAGAAGGAGUCCAUAUGCUACGGAGACGGCUUACAUCAAGCGGGUCAUAUGUUUAUAACAAAUAAAAUUUUAAAAUUUCCUUCAAUCAGUUCAAAUAGGUAUUUAUAUUUAGUAAUGUAAUGUACAAUACUCUUUAUUGCACA